AUGUCCAGCAGUCAACUAUUAGUCACCACAGCAGCCUGUGCUGCCCGCCGCUCAGUCAUCACGCAACUGGCCCCGGCUGCCGUGCGCACUUUUGCGAGUGUCGCCAAUGUCACCCCCACCACCAGAAAUCACAAGGUCGUCGUUGUCGGCGGUGGUUCAGCUGGUCUGACCAUCAGCCACCAGCUCCUGCGCAAGGGGAAAUUCUCCCAAGACGACAUUGCGAUUGUCGACCCGGCAGAAUGGCAUCACUACCAGCCCGGAUGGACCCUGGUGGGCGGCGGUCUCAAGAAUAAGGAGCAGCUCAGGAAACCACUCAAGAGUUUGAUCGAUCCCAAGCUGCGAUUCUACAAUACAGAGUUGUCAUCCUUCUCGCCAGAUUCCAACACUGUCACUCUCGACAACGGUGACAAGCUCACCUAUGAGCAUCUCGUCGUGGUGCCCGGAAUCAAGGUCGACUUCAACAGCAUCAAGGGGCUUCAUGAUGCCCUCUCCAACCCAGAUUCGGGCGUCUCCUCCAUCUACGGCUACGACACGUGCGACAAGGCGGAUCGCACCAUCAAGGCUCUCAAGGGCGGCCAGGCCAUUUUCACCCAGCCGAUGGGUAUUGUCAAGUGCGCCGGCGCUCCUCAAAAGAUCAUGUGGCUUGCCCUUGAUCACUGGAAGAAAUCCGGUCUUUACGACCCAGCAAACCCCUCGUCAUCGCCCAUCCACAUCACAUUCGCGACCGGUCUUCCCGUCAUGUUUGGCGUUCCCAAGUACUCUGCCGUGCUGGAAAAGCUGCGGAAAGAGAGAGGAGUAGAGGGACUGUUUGCGCAUGAUCUGGUCGAAAUCAACGGCAACGAUGCCGUGUUUAGCCAUGGCGAGAACCAGAAGCUCACCCGCAAGUUUGACCUGAUGCACGUCACUCCCAAGAUGGGCGCUCACGCCUUUGUCAAAUCCAGUCCUCUUGCCAACGAGGCUGGGUUUGUCGAUGUCGACGAAGAGACGCUCCGGCACAAAAAGUGGAAGAAUGUGUGGAGUGCCGGAGAUGCUUCCAGUUUGCCCACGUCCAAGACGGCCGCAGCCAUCACGGCGCAAGCGCCGGUUCUGGUCAAGAAUGUGCUGAGGUCAAUGAGGGGCAAGGAGGCGGACGAGGAGUAUGACGGCUACACAUCGUGCCCGCUGUUGACAGAGUACGGCAAGGUGCUGCUGGCCGAGUUCAAGUACGGCGGCGUACCCAAGGAGACGUUUGGAAAGGCGCUGAGGAUUGACCAGGCGGUGCCGAGACGGGCAUUUUAUCACUUGAAGAAGGACUUUUUUCCUUGGGUAUACUACAAAUAUAUGGUUAAAGGCACCUGGGGCGGUCCCAAGGGCUGGCUCAGAGAUUAA